AUGGUCCGCAGCUUCCUGGAGGACGGCGGCGGCACCGUCGGCGAGCGGGCCCCGGCCGCGCGCUGCUGCAACUGCUUCAACGGCGGCGACGCCUCGGACGACGAGGACGGGCCCGCCGCGGCCGAAGCGUCUGCCAUCUCCGACGCCGCGGAGACCAUCAAGGGCCUCGUCCACUGUGCCAGUCUCCGGGAGCGCAACCUCCUCGCGGACGUGUCCACGCUCGUGGAGCGCCACCGCGCGGCGGGGGCGCGCAAGCGCGACCUCCUCCGCCUCCUCGCGGCGUCCCUCCGCGCCAUGGGCCACGACGCCGCGCUCUGCCUCUCCCGCUGGGACAAGUCGUCCUCCCACCCCGCCGGCGAGCACGCCUACGUCGACGUCCUCCUCCCCGCCGGCUCGGAGCGCGGCGACCGCGAGCGCGUCCUCGUGGACGUCGACUUCAGGUCCCAGUUCGAGGUCGCACGGCCCACCAAGGCCUACCGCGCCGUGCUGCAGCGGCUCCCGUCGGCGUUCGUCGGCAAGGAGGACCGGCUGCGCCUGCUGGUGGCCGCCGCCGCAGACUCCUCGCGCGCCAGCCUCAAGAAGCGCGGCCUCCACCUCGCGCCGUGGCGGAAGCCCGAGUACAUGCGCGCCAAGUGGCUGUCCCGCUACGAGCGCGAGGCUCCUCCUCCGGCGCCGGAUGCCUCUGCCAGUGAGCUCGCCGCCAUCGGCGAGGGAGGCGGAGACGGAGCCAAAGCUUAAUCAAGGAUCGGCCAUUAGUUGAUUUUUUUUUUCUCCUGGGGAAUUUGCAGCGCAGUCCCCGGGCGGGCAGGGACCGGAUGCAGAUGUUUUUGCUAUAUUUUCGUCCUUUUCUCUCUCAUUUUGACCCUUUUGAUGGGUAACGGAGUACUAGCAGUAACUUCCAGUAAGUAUGUACCGGGAAGCAAGAGCAACUAAAUAAAUAAAAUUUGUAGUGUUUAGUUCAAAAAAAUUUAUGUUAAAUUGUUGCUUUUAUACUCAGCAGCAAAGGAAAUUUCUCACAA